GUUGGAAUUUCCCAUGUUACAACACGGUUCGCGACUUCCGCAAAGUACAGGGCAAACGGUACGCGUCCAACGUAUAGCAUUAGGUGCAAUGCUUGGUGAGUGAGGUCCUGUGGAUGGAGGGAAAAGGCCCAUAUCGGAUCUACGACCCAGGUGGAAAUGAGGCCCAGGCCAAGGAGGAAGUGAGCAGCUCCAGCUACCAGCAACUGCUGGAAGAGAACAGUGUGCUGAGGGAGAGGAUGAAGGGACUGAAGAGCCUUGGGGACUUGUUGGAAGAAUCUCAGACAGAGGCCUCCAGAUUGCGUCAAAGAGUGGAGGAAUUGGUGAGGGACAAUGAAGCCCUGAGGUCUUCAUCCAGCUUCUCCUCUGGUAUUUGCUUGGGCCUCCCGGUACAGGCAGAAGCUCCGGGGGUUGCCACUCAUGGGUCCUCCAAAGCUGAAGUGAUGGACAGUCCAAAGUCCCCAUCAGAGAGGCCCAUGCAGCCCAACUCCGCUGAAGCCUCAUCUGAAUUUGAAGUUGUGAAUUUGGAAGAAAAGGGGGCUACUAUUGAGGACAAAUUGGGCAAGGGAUUGCAGCUGCCACAGGACAAUCUGGAGUUAGCCAGCCAGCUGCAGAAGCUGGAGAGCUCUUUCAGUCUGUUUGCUGAGGAAUCAAACCCAAACCAAUUGCUGGCUCACCUGGGCCGCAUGGCACUGGAAUUUAAUCGUCUGUCAUCCAAGGUGCAGAAGAAUGAACAGAGGACGUCCCUUCUACAGACACUCUGUGAACAGCUGAGACAAGAAAACAAUGAACUACGGAAGAAAAUGGAGGAGGACCUUCAGUACAGGAACCAGGACUUGGAGCAGCUCAGGCAGGAGAAUCUGAAGCUGAGGAAGCUGGUCACUGGCGCAGUCGCCCAGGAGGUAGUGACCAGUCCGCAGCACACGGCCAAGCAGGAACAGCUACUCGUACAAGAAGCUGCAGGAUCCAAAGUGGAUGUGACCGCGACUCAACAGGGUGCUAAAGCUGUAGAAAAAGGCCCAGCAAAGACGUGCGACCCAGAGGUGUACGAGAAGAAAAUCAAGUUGCUGGAGAAGCAGAGGAAAGAUGUGCUUGAGGUGAACAAGCAGUGGGACAUACAGUGGAACUCCAUGAAAGUGCAGUAUGAGCAGAAGAUCACAGAGCUGCGCCAGAGACUCUCCGACUCCCAGAAGGCUGUGGCGGAGCUGGAAGCUGAGCGUGAGCAGAGGCAGCGUGACUACGACAAGAAGCUCCUCCUGGCGAAGUCUAAGAUCGAGAACGUGCAGGGGGAGAAGGACUGCCUGACCUCAGAGACCUGUGAGCUGAAGCACAAGCUGCGUUACCUGCAGGACCAGCUCGUGCCCCUCAGCAAGCAGAGGGAGUACCAGGACAAAGAGAUCCAGCGCCUUAACCGCGCCCUCGAGGAGGCUUUGAAUCUGCAUUCGCCCUCCACUGGGCAGCAGGCCCUGUUUGGGAACCAUGCUGAGGGUGCGUCUAACCUGCAGCGCCAGGACCUACUCACUCAGAUCACAGUGCUUAAGGAACAGGUGAAGAUCUUUGAAGAGGACUUCCAGAAGGAGCGCAGCGACAGGGAAAGAAUGAACGAGGAGAAGGAGGACCUCAGACGCCAGGUGGAAAGACUUCAAGGGCAGAUCACCAACUUGACCAAUCAGCUGCACCAGGCCCAGAGUGAGUGUCAGAAGGAACGAGCUGAGAGGUGUAGACUGGAGAGGCUGAACAUGAACCUCAAACAGGGUCAGCACGAGAGGCGUACAUCUGACCCAACAUCGGGCGCAGCGAAUGCCCCCAUGAGCCCCCCUUACUGCGGUCACUUUGUGCCAGCCAACCACCAGGGCUUUGAGGGUUGGCCGCUGCACUUCCCAACUCGUGUGCCGAACCUGGGUCCACAGCCAGGCCGUGACUUCCCACCCUUCCAGCCGGGUUUCCCGUGGCAACCGCCCUGUCCACAGCAGCGCAGUGCGAGAGGCCCCGUUGACACGGCACGCCCCCCUCCGGAGAAUACAGCUGACCCGACAGCAGCAGGAUGCGGAAAGAGGGAUCGACCAAACAUCGAUCCCGGAAAGCACUAGAAACAUUGUCACUGGCUGCUGCCUAUCAGCUAAGGGUAGCUUAUGUUCUAGUAGGCAAGGUGUGAUCGAUUGUGCCAUCUCCCUACUGUACAAAUAUUGUAUCGUAAUGUUUGUCUACAUUUUUUUUCUAAGCCCCUUUGUGGAAAUGUUAACCUGUUGGGAAUAUGUUAUUGUACAAUAUGGAUUUCUCAUUUCUUUAUAAUUGUUGUGUGGUACUUACUCUCUGCUAUAUAGAAUAAUUUGUGCGAUAAAAUAAUCAUUUAAAAACAUCAUUUUAUAAUUUAAAAAUUACACAAUAUUAAUUAUACAGUAUCUUUGUAUUUAAACAGUACUGCAAAUACUAAUGUGGCAGUAUUUAAUGCUGUAACUUGCAUUGAGAUGCUCAGAUUGCAAUCAAAAGUGCUGGUAAAUCUGUGGAACGACAUUCACAGUAAUUACAUCUGUAUUUACAUUGCUAACAGCUACAACCAUUUGUUUAAUUUUUAAACGUUAUCCAUUUUAAUUAAUGCUUGUUUUUUCCCCAUUCU